AUUCAGUAAAUGGUGCUAUAAUUUCUGAUAUCGAUGAGCUUUUAUUUCCAUUGGAUAAUUUAACAUUAAACGAUCAAGAACAUUUACUAUCAAAUGAUCAAGAAACUAUUCUAUCAGAGGUUGAGCAGACUGAUAAUAUACUCUUAAUUUCAGAAGUCAUUGAUCUUACUAAUAUAUCAUUUGACAAUGAUGGUCAAUUGCAAGUUGAUAAGUUGACACAAAAUAUUAAAAGCUUGGAAAUAUGGAUUAUAAUAUAG